ACUGGAGUUUUGUCACAUGAUAUUCACCUGACAAGUUGUUUGGAUUGGUUUUCGCUUUCAUUGUAAAAGUAUAAUCGUUAGGCUUCGUUGAAGUGGGUAUUACUUUUUAAAGCGCAUUCGACAAAAGAGUUAAAAAUGAAAAUCUGUGGGCCCAAGUUAUCCCUCUGCGGUUUGAUUAUAUCUGUUUGGGGCAUUGUUCAAUUGGUGCUAAUGGGCCUCUUUUUCUACAUAAAUAGUGUAGCUUUAAUUGAGGAUUUACCCCUAGAAGAGGAUUACCAUUCCUUGGAAGAUUUUUAUACAGCUGCCAACAGGGCGUACAAUCAGAACGCCUACAACUGCUGGAUUGCAGCAUGCAUCUACGUGUUGACAUUGUUGCUCUCCGCACAACAAUUCUAUAUGAAUAGCAGAGUGACUGCCAAUUAACUAUUUAAAAAUUAGUAUAUGAACUACGGUUCGUGGUCAGUGUGAGAAAAUUGAGUAGAUUUUCAUCAUGCACCAACAAAUAAAUAGUAUUGAAAUGUUCUGUUUAAUAAAUUGUUAAAAAUGUUUUUAUUUUACAUAAACUGACUAUUAUUAUGUUAAUAAAAUUGAUUUCAAUUCUAA